AUGACAAUAAGUGGUAUUAUCUCAAUAUAUAUACAUUGUGAAGUCAAUAACAUACAACAAAAAAUGACAUCAGUUCUUCUUUUACUCUCGUUAUUCUCCACAAUCAUCUCUGUUGUACAAUCGGUUUAUUGUGUAAAAGAUUAUUCAAUUCUAGUUCCAUUUAACAUUAUCAACAUAAAUGAUUCACUACCACCAUUAUCAGCCGACAUUUUAUAUAGUGAGUGUCGUGUUAACCUCGAUCUAGAUUACAAUACACUACAAGCAAAUAUAACAUUUCGUUCAAAUAAAACUGGACCUCUUCUUGAAGAAUAUUCGUCAACUACCCGUUUCAUAUUUAUGACAAUGGAACCAAAAUCAAUUAAAUCAUUUUAUAGUUACACGUGUACGACAUCAGACUAUUGUGAUUUAGAUUUUAUUCAAAAUACUCUACGCACAAUAAGUGUAACAUUAUAUGAAACAAUAUAUAAUGAAAUAUUCCCGCUAUUAUAUGACCCGGAUCCCGCAAACAUGAUAUUUUGUGAUAUGAAUAGUACGUGUCCACAAAGUUGUUCAAUAACAGGUGGUUGUAGUUUAGGAUUACCGUAUCUUUUAUUACAAAAUUAUCUAAAUUCAUCAUUCUUUGUAUCAAAUAGACUUUUUUAUUUAUGUAAUAAAGAUGAUUGUUUAAGUCAAACAAUAGUAGAUAACGUUCAGCGUAUUAUUCAACUAUUGAUAUUUCAAUUGAACAUUCAGCAGACAACGAACGAUGAAUCAAUGGCCAUAACGACCCAACCGUUUAGUGCAGAAAAUACCCAAGGAUAUUCAGUCUCAUCGAACAGUGGCACAGCAGCACUGGCAUUUUCGAUAACAGACUCAUUCAGUACGGUAUCACCGUCUUCGGCAAGUGUAGACACUAAUGAUACGACACUCACAAACGAACGUUCUUCUUUGUUGUUCAGUACAACGGCUUCCGGCGAACAAUUCACAGAAAACAACGUUAAUUCUACAGCAACCAUUUUCUUAAUUCCUAACACAACGGAGAAUUUCGUUACUUCAGAACACUCAUUGAUUGCAAGAACAAGCACAGUUCAUUCCCUCACGUCCUUCUUCAAUACACAGCCAGAAAUAAUAACAGCCAUACCAACAGAAAGCACCCGCAGCAGACCAGAACCGCCUUCAGAGACAUCUUCUAAACAGAUGCUGACAACUCUAACAAGCGAAAAAAAGACAACUACGAAAACGACGAUAACGAAGCCAACUAAGCAUUCACGUACGACAAAAACACGAGCUAGCACAACAGCAAGCCGAACAUCUAAAUCGCCUGUGAGAACAACAACAAAAUAUAGAAAUUCAGCAAUAAUGUUGAAUAAUUCGGUACUCUCUCUAAGACAGUAUCAGAUCGUCAUCAUAUUGUUAGUUAUAAAAAUUACUCUCAAUAUUUCCACUGAAUAA